UCAAAGUACAUCAGGAUAACCUUUUGUUACCUUUAGAUGUCAAAUGUAGUAAAUUUAUUUGCAUAAAUAUCGCAUGGAAUAAAGAAAUUCAAAUAAACCGCCCUGUCUCAGCGUGAAUUUGCUUCGGCAAAGUUCGUAUUUCGUUCGGAAACUCUCGCGGUUUUGGGGAAUUCCAAAUGAGGAGUGACGUCACUAGUGCUGUCAUUGUUAGACUGAUCCCACUGCCUGCAUACACAAACGCCAUGCUGUAGAUGCCUGCGCAAGACAGGAGACCAGUUUUGUUUUCAUUCAUCUGACAGCUGAUUCUACUUUCUGGUUGCGUUCACGCCGUUCCUACCAUGUAAAACCAAUUAUUUUACAUAUUCUAAAGCAAAAAUGGUUUACUGCGUCGCACCAAACUGCAGCAGUGAUUCAACGAAGGUGUUGAAAGUAGAUGGGGUCGGUUAUUACAAUUUUCCUCGCGACAAGAAGGCCCGAAAAGUAUGGGUAAGACGCAUGCAUCGUCCGUCUUCUUGGGUCCCGUCUCUCGGUGCGAGGGUAUGUUCGAAGCACUUCGUUGCCGGAGAUUACCUGCUGGACCCAGCCAUAUGCCGUGCGAUAGGAUUUGACCCUAAAAAACGCCUGUUGAAGCCAGGUGCCUUCCCUACACUCUUCAGUCAUGGUGAAGGCGAUGCCAUGGAUGGUACGCCUACGACCAGUGCGCCGUGGUCAGCUGUGCAGAAGAGGGCACAUCAGCAGGCUGUAGCAGAGGCGGUAGCGGGAUACAACGUGUUGUAUGGAGAGGAGGCGGAGGAGGCAGCUGAGCAGGAUGAUGGUUUUUUGAUGGCUGAUGAAGGCCGAUUUGAGGAGGUUGGCAAUCACCUGAUAGAGGAUGCAGUACUGCCACAGAGUUUAGACGAUUUGGAGGUUUUGCCACAAGAACACCCUGAAACCUUUGCCAUUGGGACACAAGUUGGCUCCUCAGUCUCCAUGCGGUUUGCCAAGGCUGUCCAGGUCAAUAUUGUCACUGGGUCUCGGAACAAAGGUUCGCAGACAACCUCCUGCACCGGGGAUAUUGGCUGUCAGGCAGAACCAGAAGUCCGAGAAAUUGCCAUUCAGACAGAUCUGUUUGACAUUGAUGUGCCAGUUUUCCAAGGCUUGAAACCAAGUGAUGAAGACAUGGAGGAUGAAGAGGUGCACUUUCCAAGUCAGGAAACGAUGAAGACUGAUGACAGUGACGAUGAAGACUGGGAGCCAUGUGAAGAUGAUUAUUGUCAAGAAUUUGAUGACUCGCUCCUUGAUGAUGAAAAUGUAUCCGGCAAACAUUAUGAUUUCGACAAUGAGUAUGAACAGCCCUCCCCUCAAUAUGAGAGAAAAUUCAUUGUCUUCGAAUCAAGCUUGAGGCUUCUGUUCAUGUUUUGUCAAGUUUGCAGGGCACCAUGUCGAGUCGCACUCCGUACACUUGGCACAGCUGUGAUGGUGAUGGCGAUUUGUGAAAAUCAACAUCAACAGGAAUGGACAUCACAACCAUUUAAAGGACAGCUUCCCAUUGGAAAUUUGCUUUUUGUUGAAUUAUUUCAUACCAGCACCAGUAGCAAGGCCCACAAGGAACUUACGCUGAUUCUCACUCAAAAGAUAUUGCUCAAGGACAUCAGAAAGGUUUCACCAGGAGUACAGACUUCAUCUCUUGAGUCGUAUCACAAAAUUGUUGGUUAUUUCGCUCCCAAAUCCCGCCAUUUCUUCUAUGAGCCAAUGAAAGCAAGGUUACUGCUCGCCACACUCCACUUUAAUGAAAAUUCAAAUCGGAAACAGCGUAUGGGACAAGAUGAACAGCCGCAGUGGUCGAUUUCAUACCCCAAGGGGAGAGGAGGAGCUGCAGUAGCAAAAGAGGUCAAAAUUGAAUCAACAUAUGACUAUGUACAGCUAAUUCUGGAGGACCUGCUGAAGCGGAGAGAUGACCUGCCAUCUUACAAAUUGGCAAGAGAUGCAAAGGACAAGUACCAAGUGACUCAUCCUAUUCCAGGUCCAGUGUGCUCAAAGUACGACAAGCAGGACAAGAUGAAAGUUGUAGAAGAAACAAAACGAGGUUUAACAAACUGUAGAGUUCAUUCAUAG